AUGGUAUUAACCAUUGUUUGCUUUAUCUCUUUAGUACAUGGAUCUUAUAGUCUCAACUCUCGUCGUCGUUCUCCCGUUGUCAUCGUUAAUGAAACUGGCACUAUGGUCAAACCGAAUAUCUCUGUACAACGAACAACGGUAAUAUUACGCGAUGUGGCCGAUACAAAUGAAACGGAAAUCAAACAAUUUCUUCAAGAACUUGGCACUCCACCAAUUAAAAGUAUCAAGAAUGAAUAUGCAAAUAUGUGGUAUAUUACCUUUGAAUCCGAAGAUCAUGCUUUGAAAAUGUUUAUGAUUGCCGUGGAAAGUCAUUCAAAGGACAGCCUUCAAGCGCGAAAAUCGGCAUUACAGGCGGAAUCAACUGCUUCAUCACCAAAGCAACAACAACAACAAUAA